ACUGACAAUUCAUGGGGCCCCCGGGCAAUAGGGGAUCAUGGGGCCCCUGUGUCCUUGCCCAAACUCAAAAAAGCCUAUGAAAAAGGUACCAGGGGCAUCUCAUGGGGCCCCCUACUGACCCCGGGCCCUUGGGGAGUUUCCAAAUGCUUCCAAAUGGUCAGUCCGCCCCUGCUGUGGCCUCCUCUUGGUCAUUAGUUGAGCAAAGGGGAAAUAUAGUGUUGGACCUGUAGGGUUACCUCACUGGUAUUGCCAUCUUGCAGUAAUGAUGUUGAUAUAAUUUAUCUGG